ACGCAACGUGGUUGGAUGAAGCUUUCUAUCUUGCGAGCAAAGACAUAGUGGACUCAUUCCUUAGCAGGCGAGAUACUUUAGUAUGCCAUGUUUGGGAGAGUCAGGCCAUCGGAUAUUGGAUCAAGAAUAUUUCGGAUCUAACUACAUUUGCGGAUAACAAAAGAAUUUUACAUGAGCAAACGGGAUUUAGUUCAGAACAGGAAGUGUUGAAAAGGACAGAGAUUUGCCAUUCAGUUCUUGCCAUUCAUAAAAGUUAUCCUGAAAAGAUGAGAAUGUUUUGGCGUAUUUAUGAGAAAGAGGACAAUACCAUCGCAUACCAGGCGCCUCUCGUAUCCUAUGAUUGUGAAUAUCCACCUGCAAUGAACUAUAUGGUAUGGAAUAAUGUAAAAGUGUGGUUUUCUGAACCGAAAUUAUGUAAAGACAAUCCAGUAUGGGGCGGAGAUGGAGAAUAUAAAGGACGACAGGGAUCCUGA